AUGAGAGCAAAUUUACUCCAUCUUCCCUGAAACGAAACCAAAGAAAAACCACAUACAAAUCUUGUGUUUGCUGGUGUGUGAAAAUACAAGGCUGAGAUUAAGAAACUUAGAAACCCUUACGUCCGGGGGAGUCUUCUUUCUCAUCCAGGCCUCCAGGCUACAAGGCGAAGCCAUCCUCAAGCUGCGCAAAUGGCGGCUAAACUGCACAACGUCUACCUUUUCCUCUACAACUCUCUUCAGGCAAUCGGAUGGGCGAUUUCUCUUUGGAGAAUCUUGAUUAGCUUCUCCUCCACGAAGUCUGUCAAUGGAGCUUAUGCUUCUGCUGGGGAGCUAAUUUGUUUUCUGCAAAGUGUGGCAUUCUUGGAGGUUUUCCAUGGCGCUAUAGGGAUUGUUCCUAGUGGAGUUUUACUUCCUUUGAUGCAAUGGGGUGGAAGAACUCAUUUCCUAUUAGCUCUUGUGUGGUCGAUCAACGAGGUCCAAGAAUUGCCAGCGGUUUUCAUAACAUUUUUCGCUUGGAGCCUAUCUGAAGUAAUUAGAUAUUCCCAUUAUGCCUUGAAUUGCAUUAUUAGCACUCCACCUUAUUGGGUCACUUUCCUCAGGUACACUGUGUUUAUCGUGUUGUAUCCAAUUGGAGUCGCACCGGGCGAAAUGUGGCUCAUGUAUCAGGCACUUCCUUUUAUAAAAGAGAGAAAUCUGUAUAGAGAUUUCCUCCCUUUCAGCUAUUAUAACUUUGUUGUGGUAUUGCUUCUCUUAUAUCCAGUUUUAUGGCUCAAACUUUACCUGCACCUAUUCAAGCAACGCCGUUCGAAAUUGGGUAAACUCCAGAAGAGAAAAAGAGGUUAGGCUUGUAUAAAGAGUCCCAUUCUCAACCUUUAAUGUGUUUUUUAUGUGUAUCUCAAAUAUAUAAAUGUGAUACAAACAGAAUGUAAUGAAAAUUCAAGAGUUGUUUCUGAAACUUAUUUCACAACAAAUGGCAAAAGCCAUA